GUAUAAGUACUAUUCAAUGAUACCUUCCUUCUACUCAACUAUACCUAAAUUGCUGUGAAACAUAUGGCAUUAAAAUCCGUGCUGCAAGAUCACUGGCUUUCAUGGCUCAAUCCAUAGAGAGAGAUGCCCUCAAACCUGGCGAUCACAUUUAUUCCUGGAGAUGGUGGAGUUGGUGGAGGAGUUAUGCACACCAUGGUAUAUACGUUGAGGAGAAUCGAGUGAUUCAUUUCGUACCUUCCGUUAAAUCCUCUUCAUCUUCAAAGAUGAGUUCAGGUAAGCAAUGCCCUGAUUGUGGGUACGAUGGACAAAGCAGAGUAAUAAAGACCUGCUUAGAUUGUUUUGUGAAUGGAGGAAAGAUCUACCGAUAUGAGUAUGGGGUUUCAACAAAGCAAUAUAAAAAGAAUGGAGAACCUUGCCACACUGUGGUAGCAGAAAAAUCCAGAAAUACAAUAAUUCAUCGAGCACGCUACCUUCUUGGACAUGGAUUUGGGGAUUAUUCUCUGACUGAUAACAACUGCGAAAAUUUUGCUAUCUAUUGCAUGACAGGAAUAGAAGGCAUUAUAUCAGGGCAAGUCGACAAGAACUGGAACUUUAUUCAGCUUGCCCGCUCUUUGUUUUAUUUCGGGUUCGGAGAAACUGGAGAGGAAUAUACCAGGGAAGAUAUGGGAGAUUCCAGUGAAGGAUUUUGUGAAGCUAUCCAAGUUGGAGGAUUUCCGAGAGAAUACAUGCAAGGUAGCACUUCUCCUUCUCUGUGGAAAGGCGUAGCAGAGGAGUUUUGUGCAGCCUACAAGAAGACCGUUUAGCUCUAAACGAACUGAAGAUGCUGUUUUCUUCCCUGCUCCCAAAGACGAGGAUAUUUUGGGGCAGUGUAGGCCCUUAAUAUGAUAUACAUUUCCAUUGGUUUGGAUUUGGUUUUUGAUUUUGAAAGUUUCCUCCAUUUUCCUGUCGUGGUUUGAUAUUCCAUAGUGAAAGACAACAAACGACUUAAAAAGUGGCAAUAUCUGACUUAAUUGGAUGGAGUUUUGACGCUUUUUGCA